AUGAGGGCGGCGGCGGCGGGGGGCGGGUCCUGCCGCCGGCGCGCGAUCGAGGGGCUGGUGGCCGUGCUGCUCCUCUACGCUCUCCUCGUGCUCGUCCUCGAGUCGCCGCUCGUCUUCACUUCAGUGUCAGGAGGUGGCGGAGGGGGAGGCGGUGGCACGCGGAAGCUCCACCUCUCCGGCGCCGGGGAGCCCCGCCCCGCGUACGUCCCCGCCCCGUCGGCGCGCGGCCGGAAUCUGCUCUCUCGCUUUGUCUCCGGCCUCGACCUCCGCCUCGUCGACUCCUCCCGCUCCGGCGCGCUCCGUCAGCCCAUAGCCGACGCCGUCGCGGCGGGUUCCCGCGCGUUCGCCGAGCUCGAGGACGAGGACCUCGACCCCGCCGCCGCCGCCCUCGCUCCUCCCUCCGGCGAGGAGGCGGGGGAGAGGGCCACCACCAAGUGCCCGCAGUCGAUCGCGCUCGCCGCCGAGGAGUUCCACGAGAGGGGGCCCGUAGUGGAGCUCCCGUGCGGCCUCGCGCUGGGGUCCCACGUCACAGUGGCCGCGAUGCCCCGGUCGGCGCACGCGGAGCGGGACCCCACGAUCACGGUCCUGAGGGAGGGGGACCGGCCGAUCAUGGUGUCGCAGUUCAUGAUGGAGCUCCAGGGGCUCAAGACGGUCGACGGCGAGGACCCGCCCCGCAUCCUCCACUUCAACCCGCGCCUCCGCGGCGACUGGAGCGGCCGGCCGGUGGUCGAGCAGAACACCUGCUACCGAAUGCAGUGGGGCAACGCGCAGCGCUGCGAGGGCUGGAGGUCCCGUGCCGAUGAGGAGACUGUGGAUGGGUUGGUGAAGUGCGAGAUGUGGAUUCGGGACGACGAGGAGCGGUCCGAGGAAUCGAAGACAGCGUGGUGGCUGAAUGGGCUGAUCGGGCAGAAGAAGGAGGUCAAUUUCGAUUGGCCUUAUCCUUUUGUGGAGGGCCGGCAAUUUGUUCUUACUCUCAGCGCUGGUUUGGAGGGUUACCAUGUUAGCGUCGACGGGCGACAUGUGACUUCUUUUCCUUACCGCACUGGGUUUGUUCUUGAGGACGCCACAGGCUUGUCAUUGAAUGGGGACCUCGAUGUGCAAUCAGUGUUUGCAGGGUCUUUGCCCACUACACACCCGAGCCUUGCACCACAGAAUUAUCUGGAGUUGUCUACUAUUUGGCAGGCCCCUCCUCUGCCUGAUGAGCCAGUUGAGAUUUUCAUCGGCAUCCUGUCAUCAGGCAACCAUUUUGCUGAGCGUAUGGGUGUGAGGAAGACAUGGAUGUCCGCUGUCUGGAAAUCAUCAAAUGUGGUAGCUCGUUUUUUUGUUGCACUGCAUGGCAGAAAGGAAGUGAAUGUGGAGUUGAAAAAGGAGGCAGAAUUUUUUGGGGACAUUGUUUUUGUGCCGUUCCUGGACAGCUAUGAUUUAGUUGUUCUAAAGACUGUUGCAAUAUGCGAAUAUGGGGUUCGUGUUGUCUCUGCUAAAUAUAUAAUGAAGUGCGAUGAUGAUACUUUCAUUAGACUUGAUUCAGUAGUCACUGAAAUUAAGAAGGUACCAAGUGGGAGGAGUCUCUACGUAGGGAGCAUCAAUGUUCAACACAGGCCACUGCGCCAUGGGAAAUGGGCCGUUACUUAUGAGGAGUGGCCAGACGAGGUGUAUCCAGCGUAUGCAAAUGGCCCUGGAUAUGUUAUAUCAUCCGAUAUUGCAGAUUUUAUAAUGUCAGAAUUCACAAAGCAAAAAUUGAAGCUCUUCAAAAUGGAAGACGUGAGCAUGGGUUUGUGGGUUGAGCAGUUCAAUAGGACAAGAGCUGUUGAAUAUGUUCAUAGUGCCAAAUUUUGUCAUUUUGGAUGCAUUGAUGAUUAUUACACUGCUCAUUACCAAUCUCCAAGGCUGAUGUUAUGUAUGUGGCAAAAGUUGCUGGAGGGAAGACCAGAGUGUUGCCAUGUGAGAUAACAAUAAUAGAACGUGUAGCAUGUGACCCUCAUCCGUAGUGGCAGUCUCAUUUAAUCAACAAAAUAGAAGGUUUGACUAUUGUUCCUCAU